AUGACAUCAUAACAACCACAUUUGUCUCAUCUUAGACUUAAGCGCGGUCUAUUGGAAUUUGCGAGUAAUAGUAUUUUUCACUCUUAGUUUUGUGAGGUUUGGUAUCGAUUUGUGGUACCAGUUUUCAUGGCUGCUUCUGCCUUGCAACAGCCCAGUUAUCUUCUGGCUAAUUUAAAGGCAGACUGGACCAAUAAACCUCUUCACCAAAGAUGUCAUGAGUUGUGCAAAAUUAUAGAUGAUUAUCCUGCAAAGGAGCUGCAUGCAAUCUUCCCAUGGUUGGUGGAGUGUGUGUUUGGAAGUCUGGAUGGAAUUCUUACUGGCUGGAACCUUCGGUUUCUGCAGGCUCGAUCAGCAGAGUACAGCAUUGCCAUGGAGUUCCUGGACCCAAGUGGUCCUAUGAUGAAACUGGUAUACAAACUACAAGCAGAGGAAUACAAGUAUGAGUUUCCAAUCAGUUAUCUGCCGGGUCCAAUAAAGUCGUCCAUUCAUGCUGGGGUUUUGCCAGAUUGCCCUCUGUUUCACAAUAAAAUUCAGUUCCCCAUGUCAGGCCUGCUAUUUCUCAAUCCUUUUGAAUAUUAUAUGUUCAACUUUGCCUCCAGUCUCAUUGCACCAAAGAACUACCCUCAAGGGCAGCAUGGGAGUAGUUCAGACAGUGCAUACUUUGUGCUUGUCGACACCUACCUCAAAUACUUCCUCCCUACAGAGGGCAAUGUGCCUCCAUCACCUUUCUCAGACACCAGGGGCACAGUGGCCUCUCCUGCUCCAAGGUCUACCAAUGUGCCUUAUGUUGGAUAUGGUGGUCACAGCACCAGUCUGUUAAAGCGUCAUAUUACCCAUCAGUCUUCAGUCAACGCUGACCCUGCCGCUCAAGAGAUCUGGAGGUCCGAAACACUUCUUCAGGUAUUUGUGGAAAUGUGGCUCCAUCACUAUUCUCUGGAGAUGUACCAGAAGUUGCAGUCUCCUCAGGUGAAGGAGCCCUUCAUGCCUUCAGAGGAGCACGUUCUUGUAGUACGUCUCCUGGUCAAGCACCUGCACACCUUUUCCAGCAGCCUGAAGCCAGAGUCCAUCUCUUCCUCGCCAUCCGCUCACUCCCACAGCAGUCCUUUGGAGGAGCUCAAGCGUGUGGUGGUGCAGAGGUUUGUCCAGCAGAAGCUGUACGUCUUCCUGCAACACUGCUUUGGUCACUGGCCUUUGGAUGCGUCUUUCAGAGCGGUCCUAGAGACGUGGCUUAGUUACAUCCAGCCCUGGAGAUACACUGGAGACAAAAACAACACACAAAGUGAUGGUCCAAACAGAACCGUUCCUGAUAAAUGGGCUUCAUUUGUUCAGGAGAAUCUGCUCUUGUACACAAAGCUUUUCCAGGGCUUCUUGAAUCGGGCCAUGCGCACAGACUUGGUCAAUGCCAAAAAUGCCCUGAUGGUCUUCAGGGUCGCCAAAGUCUUUGCUCAACCAAGCCUGUCAGAGAUGAUUCAGAAAGGUGAGCAGCUGUUUUUGGAACCAGAGCAUGCCAUACUGCAGCGGCAUAAUCGUGUUUUCCUCACGCCUUCACAUGGUGGCAGCUUCCUUUCUGCUCGCCAGCCAAUGGGCACCGACAAUGUCUUCAAGGUCAAAAGUCAUGUUUAUAGUCUGGAAGGGCAGGAUUGCCAGUACAACCUCAUGUUUGGUCCUGAUCAGCGAAAAAAUGUGUUAAAGCUCAUCCAGAUUAUUGCUCAAGCCCGACAGACAGCUAAACGAAUAUCGGAUCAUUCUACAGAGAUGGCUGCAAACAACUCUUUCCUCUCGUGGUUUGGCGUUGGCUCUCCUGAUCAUAACAGCACCUUUACUGGAGGAGAGAUGGAUGAUAUGGGAGGAGAAGGUGUGAAGAAAACUCAUGAGUUCCUGGAUAAAGCCCUGGACUACCUCUGUCAGAUAUUCCGGUUAAAUGCAGGCCAGCUGUCUCAGCUGAUUAGCAAUGUGGCAUCUGUAGACAAUAAUGGGGCAUCUAAACAGCUACCCGACUGCAUCCCGAGUGAAAAUGGCCUUGUUUUAACUGACCUGGGCAGGCUGCAGAUCAUCAAUGGUCUCCGCAGAUUUGAAAUUGAAUAUCAAGGAGAUCCAGAGCUUCAACCUAUCAGGAGCUAUGAAAAUGCUUUUUUGGUUCGACUGCUGUUUCAGAUCUCAUCGUUUAUUAAUGAAAGGCUGGGAGAGCAUAUGGAGGUGCUGUGUUCUCGACAGGACUUUCUGGGCAGUGUAGGGCGACACUACUUGAGUAGUUCUUCAGCUGUGGUGGAGCAGCGGAGAAAGAGUCCUGUGACGCGGCAGAUGAGGGAUCGUCCUCAGCGAGCUCGCCUCAGUCUGCGGGCUCUGGCCAGCUAUCGCACCCUUCUCACUCUCCUCCUGCUCUACAUGCUGUUUGCACUACUUUCAUUCGGCCUGUUCUCCAGCACUGGACUCAUUCUCGUCAUCAGCUUUCUAUAUGAGCUCCUGUCGAAUUUCUUUCAUGAAAAACUGAAGACGCAUUAGAUGAAAAUGGAUUGUCUUUUUAUUUUUAUUUUAAAUGAACUUCUAGCACCCUGCUGGAUUUUAUGAACAGUAUUUGCACUGCAAGUGUAUUGGUGUGUUUAAUGAAAACUUGAACGAGGAAUGUUUUUUUUGUUUUUCUUUUUUUUCCUUUUUUUUCAUUAAAUUCAUUUACAAUGUUGUUAAUUUUGAAAAUAUGAAAUGGAGAACAACACAAAGCUUGCACUUAAAUAGCUCCAUUUCAUUAAAUGACAUAAUGUCUCAUUUGAGUACUUUUUUUUUUUUGCUUUUGAAACUCAUCAGAUCUGGAGGUAUUUUAACACUAAAAUUAAGUUUUGCAUUGACGUUAGCGAAUCUAUUAUUUCCCUGCUGUAUUAGAGGAAGUAAAGGUGGCUGCUAUGGUGACAGCACAAUAGUAAAAGAGAGAGAACGUGUACAAGAUUUGCAAUCAAAUCGGCUCUAUUCACAAAAGCAAUCUGCGAAAAUUGAGUAAAUCAUGAUUCAUAACUGUGCAGAGAAGCGUCAUCCGCUUGAGUGGACGCUCAUGACGUAAGCAUCAGUGCGGGAACUUGUUUGGCAGCGGAAUGGAUACGCGAGUCGCCUCUUUGCAGAGGAAUAUUGACUUCUUACAAAAGCAGCACAGUGAUACUCUUGAGAAAUUACACGGCGAGAUAGAUUACCUAAAACGGGAAAAUAAAGGUAACUUUCCUUGUAUAUUCUACAGAGAAAUGUAUUAUGUUCCUACCCACAAUACUUUGUCGUGUUCAUUUUAAUGGUGGUAACAUAAGUUAGUUGGAAAGUGACAAGAAUGUUCUGCAAACAUCUUUUUUUAAUAGUUACAGUUGAUAUGUCAGCAUUCCUAAAUGAUUAUAAAGAUUUCAUCAUUUA